AUGAGACACAAAAAAUCGGAAGAUAUCAAAAUGAAGUUACGAGUAAAAAUAUGUCUUGAUGCAGCACGGGGAAUUGCUUAUUUGCAUGAUAAUGGGAUUUUACAUAGAGACAUAAAACCUGAUAAUAUUCUUAUAUUCUCACUCGAAUACAACACCAAUGAUUCAAUCAAUUGUGUCAAAAGUGAGAAUGAAAAUAACGAAAUUGUUAACGGCAAAUUGACUGAUUUUGGAUCAAGUCGAAAUGUUAAUAUGUUGAUGACUAACAUGACAUUUACAAAAGGUAUUGGAACACCUACUUAUAUGGCUCCUGAAGUCUUAAACCAAAAGAAAUAUAAAAGAUCGGCCGACAUUUUUUCGUUUGGAGUCACUAUGUUCGAAAUAUUUGGGUGGAAGGAGGCUUACCCGAAAGAUAUUUUCAAAUACCCUUGGAGAAUCGCAGAGUUUGUGAACUCAGGAAAUCGAAUGGAUAAACCAGAAAAUAUGCCUAAUAUGCUCUAUAUAACAAUAGAAAAAUGUUGGUGUCAAGAUCAAAAAGAAAGAUUGUCGAUAAAAGAUGUUAUAUUCGCAUUAAAAGCUCAACUUUAA